AUGCCUCUUGUUGUCCCUGGAAUCACCAAUACUGGUGGCGCUAAUACCAGUGGGCAAGCCACCAAGGACGAGUGGCUCAACAAGCUUGUUGGAAAGAAGCUUAGUGAGUCCUCUAGCGAUGAAACGACGUUUGCGAAGAAAGAUCUCCCUAAGAUCCAUCGGAUUGUCAAGCGCGGCGAGAUGAUGACUAUGGACCAUAGACCAGACAGGUUGAAUAUUUACCUGGAUGAGAAUGAUAAUGUUCGGGAUGUCAACUAUGCUUAAAGAUGUACGGAAUAUACGGGGUUUAUUGGAGAUGAAAUG